AUCCAACCAGAGGCGAUAAAGGCCCAGGAUGGAGACACAGAGAAACUUCAACAUCGACUCAGACAGUGGCGUUCUGACUGUGGUGACCGCCCUGGACAGGGAGGAGAUGGACAGCGGCGUGGUCUCUGUCAGCAUCAAGGCGGCCCAGACAGAUGACGGUUCGAAGACAGCUGAUGCUAUGGUGUUCGUCACUGUUGAGGAUGAGAACGACAACGCUCCAGAGUUUGAGCUGCCCAUCUACUCGGUAUCUCUCUUGGAAAACUCUCCUGUUAGUGUCGUUUUGUUCAGAGCCCUCGUCACUGACCCGGACCAGGGAGGGUUUGAGGGAACUUUGCAGGUCCUGCCAGAAUCCACUCCUUUCUCUAUCAGCCCUGAUGGGACGGUGCGGGUGAAUGACUCCGCGGCUCUGGACAGGGAGACCACUGAGAUCUUCACGUUUCAGAUCAAAGCGAGGGAGACGGAUCCACCCAACAACGUUGCAACAGCAAACGUCAGUGUAACUCUCCUGGAUGAGAACGACAACAGUCCUAUGUUCUCCAGGAAAAAGUACGAGGGAAAGGUGUUUGCAAACCAGACGGUGGGAAUGUCGCUGGUCCAGGUUCAGGCAGAGGAUCCGGAUGCUGAUGUAAAUGGGCAAAUCAAAUACUCUAUUGACUUUGGGGACGACGACGGCUACUUCUCAGUCAAUGAAAGCACUGGAAACAUCUUGCUGGCUAAAACCAUUCCCCUGGUGGAGAACAGGAUUUUGGAGUUCCCGCUCUACAUAACGGCCCGAGAUGGUAGAUCCAAACAGGUUUUCUCAGUGUUGCCUGCCAAAACCAAUCAAUCAUUAAAGUCAAGAAUCACUUCCUCACUAACUCUAAAGAUCUCGCUGCUGAGGCAUACUGAGGCCUGUGUCUGGUGUGAAAAGCCUUACAGCAGAUAUAGAGGUAACUGUGGUGGUGUUAUUGUGAUGAAGCAGAGGCACGUCGACGGUGGAAGCUGCUCCCAGAAUACAGGCAACCACCUGAGCCUGGACAGAAGGAAGGUAAAAGAUCUGUCAUUAAUGAUGUCCUUCUCCACCUCUCCUCUAGGGGGCGUCGUGUCCCGCUUCUCCUCGGCCCUGGUGAACAUUCGUGCUCCCGGUAACUCAAAACCUCAGUUUUUAGAGAAAGACUACCGUGGCACCAUAGAAGAAGAGCAGGACCCUGGGGUUGUGAUUGUCAGGGUAAGUUUCUCCGUGCACAGACGUGUUCAGGUUGUCCACAUCAAGCCAGUCACCGUAUACAUCCCGUUAUCUUUGUGGUUUCAGGUUCGCUUCCUCUCAGCUGAUGCUGUGACGUUGAGCGUUAAAACGGAACCAGACAAGUUCUCCAUCUCCCCCGAAGGUGAACUCACCACCAAGGUGAAGCUCGACUACGACGAGGCCCCUCACAACUACUCCGUGGAGAUCGUCAUCACUGACGAGCUCAACAGUGACAUCACGGUCGUGAAGGUUCACGUCACGGACAUCAACGACAACAGUCCCGUCUUUGCCUCCAGUUCUGUCACAAGAUCAGUCCCAGAGGACGCAGAGCCGGGAUCCAAUGUCACCGCAGUUCCAGCCACAGACAAAGACAGCGGCUUCAACCAGGACAUCAGAUACUCGCUGAGAGGAGGAGGCGGGAGCUUCUCUAUCGACCCCGUGUCAGGGAUGGUGCGUGUGGAUGCUGCUCUCGACAGGGAGACGCAGGCGCAGUACGACCUGCAGGUGGUGGCCGAGGACCAGGGCCGCCCGGCCAGGUCGGCCACGGCCACCCUGCUGGUCCAGGUGUCCGACGUCAACGAUAACGUCCCUAGGUUCCCUAAGGCCGAGGACGAAGUUAAAGUCCUGGAGACAAAGCCAGUGGGUACAGUCCUGCUCACAUUGUCAGCCGUAGACCCCGAUGACGGAGCCAACGGGAGAGUCAGCUACAGCCUUGUCCAGCAGAGUCCCUCGUCAGACCCGGCUGUGUUCGAGCUGGACUCCUCCAGCGGGACUCUGCGUCUGGUCCAGCCUCUGGACUACAGCCAGGUGAAGGUGUACAGGCUGGAGGUUCAGGCCUCUGAUGGGGGGACGCCCUCUCUGGUUGGGAACAGCUCUGUGGUGGUGUGGGUGCAGGACGUGAACAACAACCCACCUGAGUUCAGUAAGGAACGCUACGAUGUGGCCGUGCCCGAGAACCUGGCCAGCGCGGCGUCCAUCCUGACACUGGAGGUCACUGACAGGGACGAGGGUGGAUUCUCCAACGGCUACUUCCUCUACAACAACGACACCUUUGACAUUAACAAACAAGGUGUGGUCUCCCUGAGGAAGGACGCCGCCCUGGACAGAGAGACAAAGGACAGCUACAUAUUACAGGUCGUGGCCGUGGAUCAGGUCACUGACGGUCUGAGAGCCACGGCCCAGCUCAACAUCACUGUCCUGGACUAUAACGACAACGCCCCGCAGUUUCCGAGCAUCGCAGAGCCCCUGCUGAUCCCUGAGGGCGACUACUCAGAGGAAGCUCCAGGAGAGAUUUCCACCAUCGUGCCCACAGACGCUGACCUCGGCCUCAACGGAGAGGUCACGCUCUCACUCGCCUCCUCGCUCCCGCUCUUCAGAUUCAGAGAGGACGGGACGUUGCUGGCUGUCGGAGCUCUCGACCGGGAGAGCAGGGACACGUACGAGCUGCUCGUGAAGGCCUCGGACAAAGGAAGCCCACAGAGAGAGAACUUCACCACCGUCACCGUGCGCCUCCUUGACGUCAACGACAACAGGCCUGAGUUCAGCUCCAGCAGCUACGUCAGCAGCAUCCUGCUGAGAGACGCUGAGGAGGGGAGGCUGCUGCUGACGCUGUCCGCCACCGACAGAGACGCCGGGGACAACUCGCUCAUCAGCUACAGCUUCAGUAGCGGAAGUUCUCCGUACUUGGCCCUGAACAAUGAGACCGGGGCAGUGACCCUGACCUCUGACCUUGCUGAUGUCACAGAGGACACCACACUGGAGCUGACAGCCAUGGCCAAAGACCACGGUCGGCCUCCUCUGAACUCCACAGCCCGUGUAGUGGUGUGUCUGAGGGUCGCCAGUCUGGUGGAGGGCGUGGGCUUCCUCAGCCCCGCCUACAACUUCAGCCUACCUGAGAACCAGCCGGCGGGGGCGGUGGUGGGG